UGAGACGGGGGCGGGGCCUCGGCGGCUGGUUGCGCGUGUCCGCCGCUGGCUCCGCUCUAUCCGGCUUUGCUAGGGGAGGUGAGUCUGGCCGCGGCUGCACCGGCGGCUGAGGAGGCGGCGGCGGCUGAGGAGACUACGGCCGCGGCGGCGACUGAGGAGGAGGAGGAGAAAGCGGCCGCAGGGACUGAAGCCGGGUGGGGGGGAGGGGGGGAGACGGAGCAGCCUUGAGCCCAGCGGGGGCCGUCGCGCGGGGGGACCCACCCGCUCUCCCCCCCAACCCUCCUCGCAGAAGCGCCGGCGGCGGCGGCGGCGGCGGCGGCGGGGGGUAGGAAUCUGCCGGCUUCCGACUGCACCCCGCCCGCCUCCCGGGGAGGCUGCUGUUCUUUGGCCCCCGGGACCCUCACCUCAUCCCCGGGGCGGUUCCCUCUGCCUGGGCGUCCGAGGGCUGCCCACCUCUCUUUCAUUCCAGCCUGCAUCUCCGUGCCUCCACUUUGCUCCCCUUUCUCCUCGCGGUCCUGCCUGCCUGCCUGCCUGCCGCCGCCUCGGCUCACUCUCUCCUGCUCCUUCCCUGGCUCUUUUCUGUUCGGGAAAGUUUAGUCUCUGUCUCUCUUUCCCCCCACAGCCAGGUCAGCCUGACUGAGAGUCGGGGGAGAUGUAGGGAGGCCUGAGAGUUCGCGGGGGGGAGGCUGGUUUCCCUGAAAAUUUCCCCCCAUCUUUUAUAUUUUUUUGGCGGGGGGGUGGUUGGAAAAAUUUUUAAUUGUGUUAUUUUAUUUCAUUUUAUUUUAUUUUAUUUUUGAGGAGGAGGUAGGUGUUUAGAAAAGGAUGUGGGGAUGGAAGGGGUAGAGGAGUCAACUCCCUUACAAGAUUCCCAGGGCGGCGCGUUACCUGGUCCUUUGCGCGUGCGGGGUUCAGGGGGUCGGGAGGCUGGGCCUGUAUUCCCACAUUCGAAGUUGGAGCCUCCCCCGAAGUAAGGAUGGAGUUCUAGUACCCACUUGUGGCAGGAAACCUGGGGGGCGCGGGGGGGUUCCUUUUUCUUUUUCCUUUUCUUUUUCUUUUUCUUCUUUUCAUUUUUUUGGCAAUCCACACCCUUCCACACACACCCCAAAACCAAACACCAAGAUCCUCUCUAACUUGUCUGGAUUGACGGAUGAAGAAGACGUAAAGCCAGUGGCGCUCCAUGGUGGUUUUGGAGGUGGCGUGAGUGGUUUCGCUUCAUUUUUUUUUUUUUUUCUCCAAUGGCCAAAUGACAGCUUGACCUAGUUUGCUUUCCAGUCAAAGGGCAUUUUUAUUUUUUAAUUUUUUUAUUUUGUGAAUGUCUCUUUGUGGCGCGAGAGCCAACGCAAAAAUGAUGGCGGCUUACAAUGGCGGUACAUCUGCGGCGGCAGCAGGUCACCACCACCACCAUCACCACCACCUUCCCCACCUCCCUCCUCCUCACCUUCACCACCACCACCACCCUCAGCACCAUCUCCACCCGGGGUCGGCGGCGGCUGUGCACCCCGUCCAGCAGCAUACCUCCUCGGCGGCUGCGGCAGCCGCAGCAGCGGCCGCGGCUGCUGCCAUGUUGAACCCUGGGCAGCAGCAGCCAUAUUUCCCAUCACCGGCCCCCGGCCAGGCUCCUGGACCGGCUGCAGCGGCCCCAGCUCAGGUACAGGCCGCCGCCGCCGCCACAGUGAAGGCGCACCAUCAUCAGCACUCGCAUCACCCCCAACAGCAGCUGGACAUCGAGCCGGAUCGACCUAUUGGAUAUGGAGCCUUUGGUGUUGUCUGGUCAGUAACAGAUCCAAGAGAUGGAAAGAGAGUAGCACUCAAAAAGAUGCCCAACGUCUUCCAGAAUCUGGUCUCUUGCAAAAGGGUCUUCCGGGAAUUGAAGAUGUUGUGUUUUUUUAAACAUGAUAAUGUACUCUCUGCCCUUGACAUACUCCAACCUCCACACAUUGACUAUUUUGAAGAAAUAUAUGUUGUCACAGAAUUGAUGCAGAGUGACCUACAUAAAAUUAUCGUGUCUCCUCAACCACUCAGCUCAGAUCAUGUCAAAGUUUUUCUUUAUCAGAUUUUGCGAGGUUUGAAAUAUCUCCAUUCAGCUGGCAUUUUACAUCGAGACAUUAAGCCAGGGAAUCUCCUUGUGAACAGCAACUGUGUUCUAAAGAUUUGUGAUUUUGGAUUGGCCAGAGUGGAAGAAUUAGAUGAAUCUCGUCAUAUGACUCAGGAAGUUGUUACUCAGUAUUACCGGGCUCCGGAAAUCCUGAUGGGCAGCCGUCACUACAGCAAUGCUAUUGACAUCUGGUCUGUCGGAUGUAUCUUUGCAGAACUACUAGGACGAAGAAUACUGUUUCAGGCACAGAGUCCCAUUCAGCAAUUGGAUUUGAUCACGGAUCUCUUGGGCACACCAUCACUGGAAGCAAUGAGGACGGCUUGUGAAGGCGCUAAGGCACACAUACUCAGGGGUCCUCAUAAACAGCCAUCUCUUCCUGUACUUUAUACCCUGUCUAGUCAGGCUACACAUGAAGCUGUUCAUCUCCUUUGCAGGAUGUUGGUCUUUGAUCCAUCCAAAAGAAUAUCCGCUAAGGAUGCCUUAGCCCACCCCUACCUAGAUGAAGGGCGACUGCGGUAUCACACGUGUAUGUGUAAAUGUUGCUUUUCCACCUCUACCGGGAGAGUUUAUACCAAUGACUUCGAGCCUGUCACCAACCCCAAAUUUGAUGACACUUUUGAGAAGAACCUCAGUUCUGUUCGACAGGUUAAAGAAAUUAUUCACCAGUUCAUUCUGGAACAGCAGAAAGGAAACAGAGUGCCUCUCUGCAUCAACCCUCAGUCUGCUGCUUUUAAGAGCUUUAUUAGUUCCACUGUUGCCCAGCCAUCCGAGAUGCCGCCAUCUCCUCUGGUGUGGGAGUGACGGUGGAAGAUAAUGUACUACUGAAGAUGCAAUGUAGCUUUCCACUGGAGUCUGGGAUUUGCCAUUCUGGAGGUUAAUCAUGCUUGUACUGUAAUUUUACUAAUGAAGUUUUAAAUUAACAACCACUACUUGUAUGAUAUGAAUAAUAAUUAGAAAUGUUACUAGACUUUUAAUCUUGUAAAGUGGUUGUGCUUUUAGAAGAAAAAUAUUUUACCCAGAGUUGCACUGUUUUAUGAAUUUAGUGCAGCUGUUAUGGCUCACCUCAGAACAAAAGAGAAUUGAACCAAAUUUGGAAGUUUGGGGUUUUGUGUUUUUGUUUUGUUUUGUUUUUUGUUUCUUUUUUAAUGAAGUGGGAUUGUUCACACAUGCACAUGUGCACACACACACACACACACACACACACAGGACAGUCAUACAUUUUGAUAUUUGAGCCAUUCCUGAAAAUUAUGGGUUUUCUAAAAUGAAAACAUCUAGAAACCUUGCCUGCGACCAAUCAUGGAGCCACGUGAGCUGAUCGUGGCCGCACCUGGGGGAGGGGGUGGGGCAUGCCACCUAAUGAUCAAGCCCUAUAAUUAGCUUCUCAUUAGAGCCGUGACGGUGAUGUGUGCUGUCUAAAAUCCAAUGUUGUGGGUAGAAAGAAUGAGUUUGUGACUAGGAGAGACUAAACUUCUGUUUUCCUUACCCAGUAUAAAUAUAUAUAUAUAUAUAUAUAUUUAAUCUAUUUUUAUUAGAAGUUUUUCUGCUCUUUCUUACAUAAAAGAAACCCCCAAGCAUGCAUCUUUCAUGAGUGUAAAUAAUUCAUUUCUGGGCUAAUUUCAAAAGAAUCCCAACAUUGCUGUAUAGAGAGAGAACUAGCUUGCACAUUUUAGGUCUGUGAAAUUUUGUGAGACUUUUCCUGCACUGGACAAUAAAAAAUAAAAUAAAAUAAAAGACAAAAACAAAUUUUAAAGAAAUUUAAAGCCACAAAAAAAAAAAGGCACAUAGGGAAUUAUGUCAAAUGUGUUUGUGUCCUUAGGCAAAGCUGUGGGAGUCUUGAAAUGUCACAGUAGUAAAUAACUUAUUACUUUUUGACAAAUUCUUUUUUCUGUUGGAACACUGAAUUCUUCUGUGCAUAUGUAUAUAUGAACACAAAUUGAAGGCCUCUACCUCCUGGAGUUAUACAACUUGGCUUGUUUACCUCCACAUGCUGAUGAUGACUAUUUUUUUUUUUUAAGUUCAAUGUGGAGACUUGAAACUUGAAUGUCCCUUCCAACUUUUAUAUUAAAAAUAAAAAGAGAAGAAAACUGAAGAUCGUUUUUCACCUGUACAAGGAAUAUUAAUGGAUCGUCUUAAAAUUGGUCUAAAAAAAACCUUGGUGUGUGUUAUGGACAAUUAACUGUUAAAGUUAUUGUAAGUUAUCUGUAUUUAGCAGAGUAUUUUCAUCUUGAGUGAUCUGAGCUGGAUUUGAAGACUAUUAAUAAGUUAUGUUUGGAAGUUUUAACUUCAAUGAAGUAAUUAUUUGCUGUGAAAGAAACAAACAUUGAAUUACUAAACAAAGAUGGUGCAAUAUCUUUGUUUCUUUUUUUUAUGAGGCUCCUGAGAAUCAACCCAACUGAAGCAUUUCAAUUCACUUGAAUGAGAAACGUGUUUAGUAUCAAAAGAGCCCAAGAAGACACUGGUGUGAAAGGUACAAUCUCAGAGGUUGGUCAAUUACUGUGGCACACGUAUUGGUCACUUUGUACAAUGUAGAUUUGAAGUACAGUGGUGAAAACAUUAAAUGUGACAUUUGAAAAAAAA